AUGCUGCUGAAAGUGUUGUUGCUCGUCCUUUUGGGUCUCGCCAUUCAAUUUGGAUUCAAAACUUUGUGAGUCGGCAUUUGAUUUAUCUCCUUUCAAAAGAGCCAUUUCCAGUUUGAUGUUCGAUAUCAACAAAAGAAUAUACAACCACAGACCCGGGGAGUGCAGAAAGAUUGAGGGACCGGGUAAGGAAAAGGACUAUCCCUCGUUCGGCUUUCAUCUUUUUCUUUCAGUGCAAGGAUCAGAAGAUAUUGCGUUGAUCGAGGAGAAACAGAUCGCAUUCAUCUCUUCUGGACUGGUCUACCUCCCAAAGGAUCCGUCUGAAAUCACGUGGAAAGGACAGAUCUUCCUGUACGACCUGACCCAAAGGACUUUCGAAGCAGAGGCAGUUCCGGUUGUGAAUCUGGAAGAUCCGGAAGAAUUCCACCCGCACGGACUGUCCUAUUGGAUACUGAAAGACGGGACCGUCCGUCUUUUUGUAGUCGUCCACUCGAAACGCUUCCAACAUUCCAUUGUGCUUCUCGAUUACGACGAGAAGAAGAAGCAGUUGAAGCACGUGAGAACUGUGAAGGACGAAAAGUUCGUCCGUCCGAACGACGUCGUCGCCACCGGAGACAAUUCGUUUUUCGUCUCCAAUGACGGAGGAGCGCAGACGAACGGCGCGAACGCCUUCGAGAUUCUCUCCGGACUCUACAAAGGAGGACUGGCUUAUUUUGACGGAAAAGUGAGUGAUCAUGCAUACUUCCUAGGAAUUUGAAUGUUUCAGAAUAGCCAAUACCUCCUCGAGAAUCAUGUUGCGAACGGAAUCAUUCUCUCGCGAGAUCGGAAGACGUUGUUUGUUUCCCACAUAAACCAAGAGACCAUCGGCGUAUUCGAAUGGGAUCAGAUGAAUGUGGCGAUCCGGAAGAUUUCGGAGAUUGAGACUCUGACUGGCUGUGAUAACUUUUACAUCGACCAGAAGGACCACUUGUGGUCGGUGAGUACAUGUGCACCAUUUUCCUUCGACUGAUUGCGAUUACAGGGAUGCCAUCCAGUCAUGAAGGACGCUCUCGUUCAUCUCGGAAACCACUCGGACCCCACCGCCUACGCGCCAUCGCAAGUGCUUCGUUUCACAUUCUCGCCAGACUUCAGAACGGCAGAAAUGGUCGAAGUGUUAGCCGACGACGGACGGUUCGUCUCGGCGAGUACGGUCGGUUGUUCGUUCGACAAUGGGAAGCAACUGCUGAUCGGAACCGUCCUUCGCAAUCUCAUUCACUGCGACAUCGCAGCUCCGUUAGAUUUUUACUAG